AUGGGCCCCUGUACCGCCUCCUCAUGCUGCUGCCAGGCCCGUAAUCUGCCAUGGGCCCCCGUACCGACUCCUCAUGCUGCUGUCAGGCCCGUAAUCUGUCAUGGGCCCCUGUACCGCCUCCUCAUGCUGCUGCCAGGUCCAGAGUGUGUCAUGGGUCCCUGUACGGCCUCCCAUUGCUGCUGUCUCCAUCGCCACACUCUGCCAUGUGCCACUUUCAGGUCUCCUCACACUGCUGGUGGGUUCCAUUUUGUCAUAGGGUGCUGUAUGGCCUCCCAUUGCUGCUGCCUCCACCGCCACACUGUGGCUCCACUCUCUGGUUUUGGCCCCGUGACUGCCCAAAUGAGUCAAGUGUGCGGUGAUUCUAAGAUCGACGGCACUCAUCUGCAUGUCAUACUGACUGACAGUAUUAUUUCUCUUCCCCAGCAGACUCCAAGGGCAUUUAAAUUAAAGGUACAGUGUUCUGCACUAAUAUAA